UAUCUCCGCACUGGUGACUGAGCCGGCUGAACACAAACGAUGGCGUUGACGAUACGAGUUGAAUACUGUGGCUCAUGAGGGUACGAACCCCGCUAUAAGGAUCUCGCCGCGGUUGUCAAGGCUGAGUUUCCUGAUGCGGACGUGUCGAGCUUCGUGGGAAGAAGAGGCAGCUUUGAGAUUGUGGUCAAUGGGCAGCUAAUCUUCUCCAAAAUUGAGACUAGUGGCUUCCCGUACGAGGAUGAUAUCAUGGGUGUAAUCCAGAAUGCCCAUGACGGCAAACCUAUGCAGAAGAUCACCAAAAGCCGCCCACCAUGUGUCAUCAUGUAAAACCUCCCUCUGCAGCACAGAGACAGGCCAGUGCCACAGCAAACUGCCAAUACCACCUCUGGCUUAGCCCAACCUAGACCAUACAACGCUGUCUAGUA